GUCACGACAGUGGGCGGCGCUUUACGGGUGUUUUGUCUGAUCGCGGCACACGUCCACGGUCCGCGGCGUUAGCUUCGUGCUAAAGCUCAAACUAGAGAAAAACUGUGCGGAAAAUGUCGAAAGGCCAAACUCUGCGCACUUUGGUGAACGAGCGGCUGACUGCGGCUGCGGAGGAGAUCUUUGCGCUGGUGGAGAGGACGAUAGCGGAGUAUGAGGAGGAACUGAGCCGCUCCAAGGAGGAGAACCAGAGGAAACAGCGGCUCCUGGACUCGGUUCUGCCGCGGAACUCUCAUGGAGCAGGUGUCCAGUUUGAGCCCGUCCGAGCCGAAGACUUUGUCCCGUCCUCAGACCCGGAGGAGGAGCAGAGCGGCAGACGUGAGGAGGAGGAGUUGGCCUUCAUCCCCGACAUCCUGGUGAAAGGAGAGAACGGAGGAAACCUGUCCUCACUGUUCCAACAACAAACUGAUCACAGAGAGGGUCCUGGGACGCAGGGACAUUACGGAGACAAGACACAGGGACACGGGUACGGAGACAAGACACAGGGAUAUGGGUACGGAGACAAGACACAGGGACAUGGAUACGGAGACAAGACACAGACACAGGGACAUGGAUACGGAGACAAGACACAGGGACACGGCUACAUAGGAGACAAGACACAAGGAUAUGGAUAUGGGGAGAAGACACAGGGACAUGGCUGUGAAGGGAAAGUGGAGGGACAUGGGUAUGGACAGGAGGACAUCCACUUUAAACACUUUCAGGAAUCGGAGAAAGUCGAACAGGUCGACUCGGACUCGGAAAGUGAUGAGGACUGGGAACCACCGGGGGGCAGCAGCGAGACAAAGCGGAUGGAAACGGAGGACGGAGAAAACUACGACCAUAAGGACGACUCUUUGGAAAUGAUGCUCAACGAGAGUUUUUCAGACCACGACAUCGAGAACAAAAUGCAGACUCACGAGUGUCUGGCCUGUGGAGAGACGUUUGAACGCAGCGGCGAGCUACAGAAACACAUGGCGUCCCACGUGGGGUUUAACUGCCCCGUCUGCGGGAAAGACUUCACGCGGGAACACGACUUCAAGACUCACUUGGCCGUCCACACCGGAAGCACACCUUUCAGCUGUUCAGAAUGCGAGGCGCAGUUCGCUCUUCAGGAUCAUUUGGACCGUCACGUGAAAAUCCACCUCUCCCAGACGCCGUUCAGCUGUCCGGUCUGUAAGAAGUGUUUCACCAGGAAGUACCGCCUCCGCUCGCACAUGUCCUCGCACACGGGGGAGAAACCUUUCAGCUGUCCGGUGUGCGGCCGAGGGUUCACGCGUAAAGAUAAUCUGGGCGCGCACAUGGCCACGCACACGGGGCAGAAGCCGUUCAUCUGCGCCAUCUGCAACAAGUGCUUCAUGAGGAAAGACCGGCUCACGGCCCACAUGUCGUCUCACACCGGCGAGCGCUUCUGCCUCAAAAAGAAACACUAGAACGAAGCGCGCGCCGUUCAAAAGCGCCGCCACGUAGUAUUAACCCCGAAAAGAGGGAGUAUUAUGCAAAAUCAUGUUGUUGUUUUUUUUUAUCUUUCUCCCACGUUAUUAUGUCGUCCCCUCAUCCCUCGCGUCUGAAGAGGUUUUAGUUAAGCAGCACGUUUACGGUCAGCGGUAAGAUUCUGUACGAGGCUCCGCCCACAAGCGACAGUGAUCCAUAAACAUAUAAACACGAUGCAAAGCUGCGCACUACGACGCGACAAACCUGGUGUGAUGUGCAGUGGGUUCAUUCGUGCGACGUGGCCGAUUGUGUCGUGAUCGCGCUCUGAAGGGGGAGGGGCUUAGCACAGAGAGCAAAGAGAGGAGAAAUGUUAUAAAUGAUGUUAAUACUUGAUUUGGGCGGAUACAGUAUUUUAAAAACAAUAAAACGUGAUCUAAAUGUUGAUUCUUUAAAUGAACUGGUGUUAAAAAUGAAACUUUACGGUGUUUUGUGUUUAAACAGUUAACGAACAUAAAUCACGUUUGACUCUUUAAUCUGCUGAGUCAUGAGAUAAUCACAGGCAGAUGUGGUUUUCAUCUAGAGAUCGGUUCGUUCCUUAUGGUUCUCAUCGCUCAGUCCUGUUUUCUCUCAGAUUGUUGCUUUUUUUUUCAACUGUUUGGAGUAAAAGUCGUUUUCUUAAACAAAACGCGGCGCGGGCCUUUAAUGGAGUGUAGUUUUUAAUGAAUAAACGUACUGAUACUUUGCAGUGACGUCACACGGGGGGGUUCUGCAUGUAUGUCUAUAGUGGAAUGUCCAGCAGUUGCCGCGGUGACACAAAGCGCACAUUCGCAAACUCUGUGUCUGAAAACCUCAAGAUAAACGACAAAAUGGAUCUGAACAGCACAUUUUUCAUGGUCCUGUUUGAUUUUGAAUGAAAAGGUGAGAUUAGCUAACUGAAAAACUGUUGGCUAAUGCUAAUGCUAAUGCUAGCUUGUGGCUAAUGUUAUUCGAGGGACUUGUUUUAACAGCACAAAUCACCUGCUGUACUUCAGAUAAAUCAGCUCUUUAUGGUGAGUUUGUGCUGAAACAAAACUCAGAUUAAAGUCUAACAGCUUCAGACAGAGCGGUGCCUCCAGUUAGCGUCACACCCCUGGGAAUGUUGAUGACAUCAUCUGCAAAGGCUCGUUUGAUAGAGUUUUCUGUGGGUUAAAGCCUCAUGGUUGUGGUUCAGUAUUUUACCUUCAGUGUGACGUCUUUAGCCACAGUGAGCUGCCGUGUCGGCUCUGUGGAGAGGUGCUUUAUUUUAUUUUAUUUUAUUGCAGUUUUUUGAGAUGGGGGAGGGGCUUAAGUUGCUUUUAGAAACAGGUCAUUUAUGUUUUUCUUUUGCAAAGUGUUAAGUGUAAACUCGUCACCGUCGGAGAGCGUGACAUCACACCUGAAAUCGACCAAUAAGAGACUUUUAAACUUUAUCUCUGGACCAAAACCACUUUGCCGCGGCGGAUCUGCGGAGCGUCUGACGGGGGCAGUUAAAGUCGCCUCGUUUCAAUUUUUACUUGUAAAAAUCUGUUCAUCGUGUAAAUAAUUUGGGUUUUGUAUUUUGAGAAUUUUCUGUUUCUGGUUUGAGGAAAUAUUUUAUUGUUUACGACCUUCAUGUGCUGGAGUGUGAUUUUUAAAAACUUAAAAUAAAAUGC